GAGCAGACAUUGAGAAGAAUGAGAGAAAAGAGGAAGUGAAAGAACGAUUUUCACUCGUCCUUUAGCUACUUCCAAAGCUGGCAAUGUAGCGAGCGAGAUAGCUGAGUACCGAAUCCUGCCCAAUAAAGCUUUGAAGUUUGGAACAUGUUAGAUAUUCGACUUUCCAAAUCUUCAAAUCUUCAACUGCCGAUGUACAAUUCAAAUAACUAAAAUCACUUCCAAAUCCAAGCAAUCCAUCUUAAUCCCCGUUUUCUCCUUUAUCAUCAUCACAUACCCAUUAUAUCCAUCAAGAUGCCCAAAACUUCCCCUCAAAAGCCGCCACGUUCCCUUCGGAGUCGUGUCCGUACCUUAGCAGAUGCGGAUGUCCAUACAGCCAAAGCAGGAAAAGCAGGAAAAGCAGAAAAAGAAAAAGAAAAAGAAAAAGAAAAAGAAACAGAAGAACAAAAAUCUAACCAUGAUAACAAAAAUAGAUGGGAUGAUUGGGUACCGCAAGAUCGAGUAAUGAAGUUUAAUGAAGACAAUAAAGAACUGGCAGCUCAGCUUCAUCAAGAGAUGAAGAAAAUGAACCAGAAGCCCAAAUCAGCAACUUCAGCAGGUGGAAAGAAACUUGGAGGUCGAGCAAAUGGAUCGGAUUUUGGUUCGGGUCGUGGUAGUGAAGAGAGACAUGCGAGUGUCGCAGCUCAAGGAGGUGGAAGAGGUGGUCCAAGAAGAAAUCGUGAUUAUGAUUUAGAACAGGCAAGUUAAUCAUUUUAUUCAUUGGAACAUUCAAACUUUCAUUACCUUGUUCAUAUACACCAUUAUCCUCAAUCCUCAAUCCUCAAUCCUCAAUCCCCAAGUAUUUCCACAUCAUCUAUCCAAUUCACUCACCCCUUUUAACUCUUCUGGUGGUUUGUCUUGGAUACUAUAUCAUCUUCAUCAUAAAUCCUAUCCAAAUCGUUUUUGGAGGUAAAAUGUUCGGAUGAGGAGUGUUUUCAUCAUACUUGGGUUUGACCUUCUCAAAACUUGGACUUUUCGCUUGCCGCUUUCGGAAUAAUCGUUCCUCUUCUUCUGCUCAACUUCCAUUGUCAAAAGUCGCCAAACACUUCAACAAUCCAAAUGGAUUCCCAUCAAUACAAUCAUUUCACAGCAUCAACACAACAAAACAAGAAGUCCUGUAUUGCUGAGCAUUAAAGGCUUUUCUUUCGCUUUGAAUCGCUACCAACAUUUGUUUAAAUCCUUCUACUCCGCUCUUUGAAUCACACUUUCGAAUAUUCAAUCUCUUAAAAAGCGUCUACUAUCAAUUACGACACCAGGUUCAUCAACAUACAACAUUAAAGACCACUUCAAACCUUCCUUAAAAGAUUCAUCGACGAUGGGUUCUACUACUGUACCAGGUUUGGAGCCUCGUGCGAGACCUCUCGCAAAGAAAUCGGGAAAUUCAAUUCCAGCUCUCCAAGAUAAAACCAAGGAACCUCAAGCGCUCAAUGUAAGUCCACAUUCUUUUCCAUCAAUAGCUCAGUCACUCAUUAUUUAGGGACAAAAGAAGGCCAAAGCAAGGGUCAAGGGUGUUAACAGUGUACCUGUACCGACACCUGGUGUUCGGAGAAGUGCAAGAGAACGCUGUCCACCGAAGCCAUAUGAUCGCUCAAUCAUUGACUCUGGCAACUUGAAGAUCACCAAACUUAAACCAAGAAUGACUGGAAAGAACCCAGACUGGGCCAAUCCCAAGAGCGGGCAUUGGGAUAUCAUGAAAUUUCUUAAUGACGACUCUAUGGUUCCUAAGACCAAUUUGGAUGCACGACCACCCAAGGCAAAUUUCCAAUUCAUUGUCAACAAUUCUAUUCGAAAUCCUGAGACAUAUCGACCGGACAAAUUCAGCUACGUCCACACACCAAAACAGAAGCUACCUCCAGUUCACCCUAAACUCCAAGCUCACAUCAAAAACGGUACUGACACCAUGUCACUGCGUCAAUACUAUGAAAAUUAUGAGCCUGGACAGAUCAAUCCUAUCGCUGGACGAUUGUUUGACGACAAUAAAUUACCUCCUGCACGAUUAAAGCGAAAGAGGCUAUUUCCUUUAUCAUAUGAUGAAGCUGCUAUAACGGAGAUUAUGAAGCCUGUUCCGAAGAAAAUCAAGCUCACUCUUAAGAAGGCUCUUUCAAAACCUUCGCCCAAGAAGACCCAUGCAAAGGCCACUGGGAUCAAAAUUAAGAAGAAAGUUCAUUUUGCAAUGGGAAUGACCAACAACUCUGAAGUCAGAGUCCAUCGUAUCAAAACCACCAAGAAGAUGUUACCACACAUUGCGAAAACGAACAUUGUGAUGGCAAAACGUGAUUUUAACUAUUUACAGGAAGAGAGCUUUCACAAUCGACCAUCCAUCAACCUUGUUAUUCCUGAUCAUAUUAAAGCAAUUCUCGUUGAUGAUUGGGAGAACGUUACCAAGAAUCAACAACUUGUACCAUUGCCACAUAAGAAACCUGUCGAUCAAAUAUUAAAUGAUUGGCUCGAGUUUGAAAAACCAAAGCGACCUGUUGGAAGCGCACAAGCAGACAUUUUGGAAGAGAUUGUUGCCGGUUUGAAGGAAUAUUUUGAGAGAUGCCUUGGUCGCAUUCUUCUUUACAGGUAUGUCGUUCCUGAGAAGACUUCCAUGUCCUACUUUACUGAUUCGGUUUAGGUUUGAACGACAGCAAUAUACUGAUUUUCGACAAUUGUGGGAUAGCGACGAAUGUCCACAAACAUGUGCAAGUGAUACAUAUGGUGCCGAACACUUAUGUCGUCUCUUGGGUAAGAUUACCAUUUCCUUUCACAAUAACAUUUUUAUUAAGAAUCCAUAGUUACUCUCCCUGAACUCAUCGCUCAAACCAAUAUGGACCUUCAAUCUGUCAAUCGUCUCAGAGAAGAACUUAGCAAGUUGACAAACUGGAUCGGCAAAAAUUCUAAAGAUUACUUCGUCAACGAAUACGAAACACCUGGUGCAGAAUAUGUUGACAAAGCUCGUAGCAACAACUAGAUAGCUGGAGCUAUAUGUUAAGGAUGAAGAGCUUCAAAGAUGAAUGGGUGGUUAAAGAUGUAUCAUAGGAUGGAUUGGAGAAUGGCGCUUGAUUCCUUAGUUUUUGGCUUUUGUUUCCUGUAUCGGUGGAUCUUGUGUUACAGUGCAUAAGGGCGAAGAUUUGAUGCGGAAAGUUGAGGAAUGUCUAGUGGCCCUUUCUGCGAGAGCCAUGCAGUGGGGAAGAAGCAAUUUGCAUGAAUGGAUGGAUGGGACGAGAGCAUAAACAUAUGGGCAAACAAACUAUGCAUGCAUGCAUGGAUGCAGGAUAAUGCAUUCUAAUAGAUGGUGGCAUGGAUGGCAGAUAUUUACUUAUGCUUAGGUCCUUGUGGUUGACCUUGCCCUGGACUAGGUCUGGUAGUUUAGACUUAUGAUGCAUAUACUUUACG